GACCGGAUCUUCUUCCAGCGCGCCGUGUCGCGGUUCCAGCAGGUGGUGGCGUCGUCCGAGAGGAAGUUGCUCGUCCUGGCCGUCCCCGUCACCAAGAUGGAGUCCCCCGUCGCACAGGACACCUCCGCCGCCGGCGACGCCGUCUUCGCGGAGGCGUCUCAACUUUUCGCCGACCUGCGUGGGCAUGGCGUGCGCAACUUCGAGUUGCUGGUUGUGCUCCUUGUGGCGCCUGGGGCCUCCGUCUGCAGCGGAAGGCGACCGGGCGUGCUGCCCCCAAGGGUCUCGGGCUGCCCAUCCGAGCGGCUUGUCCUCGUGGAGCUGCACUGCGCGGGCGAGCAGACUGGCGUGAACUUCAGGGCAGAUGAAGACGAGCGGGCAUUCCGCGCGCUGGUGCGCGGCCCCCCUGGGCGGCAGCGCCGCUUCCAGCUACAGGCGGACCCACUGCCGCCGCGCAGCGGCGGCGCCCGCGAGGCCGCCGGGCGCGCGGCGCCCGCGAGGCGUAUGGCGCUGGGCGAGGUGCGGGAGCCUCCAGGCGUGGGCGGCGCCAAGAGGAGGCGACGCUGA